GGGAGUCACUGUUAAAACCCAAUGCUCUCUUUCUCUUUCGCUCUCUCUCACUCUCACAAAUGUAGAGACGAGAGGAGGCUCUUUGAGAGUUUCGAAGCUGUUUGGACAGAGAGAAAAUUUUAGAAAGUAAAAGAAAAAAAAAAAAAAAAGUGAGGUACGAAUUUUCCGGGAAAUCAAAACAUGACGACGGGGAUAAUGCAAGAGCAGAAUAAGCUGGAAAAACACAUUGAGAAGCAAAUGGGUUGCAUGUCUGGCUUCCUUCAGAUCUUCGACCGCCAUCAGAUUCUCACCGGAAAACGUUUCUGCUCAGCCAAACGCCUCCCUCCCGCUACGAUUUCUCAGGCGGUGGAAUCAACACCAGAGUCGGAGAAGAGCAUGGUUUCGGCUUCUCCAUCGGUAUCGAAAGAAUUGGAGAAGCAACAACAAGCGAGAUCGGCACCAUCACCGGAAAGACCGAAGCAGCAGAGUCAGCUACCAGAGCUCCGAUCUCCGGUGCCGGAAUCAGCAACUCCUUCAGAGACACCUCCACCUCCGACGAAGUCGCCGCUUCCUUUCCCGGUUUUCGAACUAAAGGAAGGCACGAAGUCAUCGUGGAAGUUCUCCAGAGAAGCUCCGAGGCUGUCUUUGGAUAGCAGAGCUGUGGUUGACGCGAAAGGAAGCUUGAAGCCUCGAGAGAUCCGUACAAACGGUGCGUUUUUGUCGUCGAAUCGACGCGAAGCAGUGGAGAGCGAUAAGCAGAGUAAUAGUAAGUCUCCGAGUGUGAUUGCUAGGCUCAUGGGACUCGAAUCGUUACAGGAUUCGGAUCCGGAACCGGUUAAGCAAGCGGAGCUCCGGAGAUCCGCGUCGGAGUCUAGAGUUUCCAGAGAUCUGUUCCAGUACGGCAACAACUUCAAUUUCCAGGUGAGGCCAACGAAUCAGAAUCUGAAUUCACAGAGUAAUAACGCUUCGAACAAUGUGAUCAGAGAGAAUGUAGGCUAUGCAGUAGCUAAGGAAACGCACCGUUUCGGUGAUAGACCUGUACGGAAUCAUAAUCAUAAUGUGAAGACUGAGGCGGCUAGAACGGUGUCGUAUAGAGGAAUGGCACAGAGGAAGAGUUUCGUUGAUUCAGCGGACUUCUUUCCAGAGCAAGCGAAACGGGGCGUUUUGAUCUACGGAGAGAUUGAGAGGAGGUUGAGGAUGCGAGGGAUUGAAGAACCUUCCAAAGAUUUGGAGACUUUGAAGCAUAUUCUCGAAGCUCUGCAACUCAAAGGCCUUUUGCAUUCGAAGAAAGCUAAAAACCAAAUGAGCCACCAGAACUUCGUUUACGAUCGGAACGGCGAGUCUCCGAUCGUCGUAAUGAAGCCAGCAAGGUCUCCGGCAAACCGUUUUAGUCGUGGUGGAAACGAAUCGCCGCCUUCGAGCUUCAGAUCGAGGCCUGGUCCUCGCCGGAAUACAAACGAGGUGUCGCCGGCGGUGAGUCCGAGGCGCGACCGGCCGGAGAUUGAUCGGAAUGGAAGGUACCAAGCGAGAGGACGAAAUGCAAACUCGCCAACUCGGAGUGAGAGCAACGUGGGGAGCCCGAGUCGAAGGAGAAUUGACUCAGUGGAAAACAGAAGAGUCUCUCCGGUCCAAUCUCCUAAGGUAAGUGCAAGGAGAAUUGGAUCAUCAGAUCAACCAAUCACAAGCCGAUCACCGCGAAUGAAGAAACCAACGGCUGAGAUUUAUCAAAAGGAUGAUAAGGUUUUUAGUAAUCCAGCUGAGGAUGAGUCAUACUCAUCCACCACCGUUUCAGAGAGCAGUAUUAGCACUUCUUCACAAACCGAUAUAGAGAGGUUGAAGGUGGAGGAAUACAAGGAGGGGAGGAGUUUAUUGGAGAGGUGUGAUAAGCUGCUUCACAGUAUAGCUGAGAUAACUGCGACCGAGUUGCAACCGAGUCCAGUAUCGGUGCUUGACUCUUCGUUUUACAAGGACGAGUCGUCAUCGCCUUCUCCAGUAAUGAAACGGAGCAUUGAUUUCAAAGAUCAACCAGUUGAAUUGGAAGAUGAUAUUUGGAGCCUGGCAAUGUCAUCCUUGGAAUCAAAAUCCGAUGAUUGUGAUUUUGUCUACAUAUCGGAAAUCCUCCGGGCUUCAAUUUAUUUACCCGAAGAUUCUGAUAUAUUCCUAUUACUAGAGGAGCAACAAUAUCUGAAAGGAAAGGACACGUCUAAGGUUUCAAGACUCCAAAGAAGGCUAAUUUUCGAUACGAUCAAUGAAAUUCUUGACCGAAAUAGACAAUUGCCGCCUUGGAAGCCCAAUUCAUGGACGAGUUCUGCUUCACUGCAACAAAUUUGGUCAGAAUUUCAGAGGAUUCAAGAGAGGGAUGCAUCAGAGGACUUGUUUGAGGUGAUUUGUGGUGUGUUGAGAAAGGACUUAGUAAUGGGGGAUACCAUUAGUGGAUGGGUGGACUGCCCAAUUGAGAUGUCUGAAGCGGUUUUGGAUAUUGAACGGCUGAUAUUCAAGGAUUUGAUCGGCGAGACCAUCGGAGAUCUCGCUGUUCUUUCCGGGGAUUGUAAUAAAGUCUCAGCACUUCGUAGGAAGUUGGUGUUCUAAUGAAAGUGAGGGAAACAUUGUUUGUUUUUGGCGCGCUUUCUUUGGAUCCUUUCUUUCUUUGUGUUGAUUAUUGUUUUUAGGUUUUACUAUUAGGUUUAGUUUGACCCUUUUUUUUUUCUUUUUUGGGUUUUAAAAAAAAAUGAUGGAAAAUAUCUAUGUGCCCCUGAAGUCCAGGCAAAAUCUAACUGUCACUUUUGCAAUAUGUAAAAAGGUGGGAUAUUAAUUAUUAUCUUUGGAACCACAAUUGAAGUUAUGUAGAA